AUGUCGAAUCAAACUACAAAUACAAUAGGAAAAUCUCUUAAAAAACAUAAUAUUAAAAGAGCAAAGGUUCUCGGAGCUUACUCUGAAGAGGAAGAUCGUCAACUUAUAAAUUUAUAUAAUCAACAUUCUGAUAAAGUAAAUAAAUGGAGAAUAUUUGGUGACUUGUUAAAGCGAAAUCAUAAAAGUGUCCGCGAGCGAUAUGUUAAUCAUUUGGAUCCAACGAUCGAUAAGGAUCAACUGACAGAAGGGGAAAAGUUAAAAAUUAACUCUCUUCAAGCUGAUCCGUCUUAUUAUAAAAAAUGGGCAAAAAUAGCAGAAGAAUUGUCAAUAAAUCAGAAAUUAAGAAGAACAGAAUUGCAAGUUAAAAAUUAUUGGAAUGGUAAAACUCGAAGUCAAGGUCGAAAAUUAGAGCAAAGUAACGAAGAGUUACGUUCAAAAUUCAAAUAUUUAGAAGAAAAGGUUAAAGAGCAAGAAGAAGAAACCAAAGCUAAGCAAGAAAUCAUUAAUAAUUAUGAAGAAAUGUUAGAGAACUAG